CGAUGCAGGACUUCACAUCACAACUCUCCGAGUCCUCUCAGGAGACCUGAGGCCGGCCGGACCAAAACCGAGUAAGUGCGUCUCCUUCCGCGAGGAUGAGCGGGUGUGUUGACCAAGUGUUGGGAUGUGUGACGGCGUGAGACUCGCCUCAUGUUUACUCGCACUCGACAGACUGGUUCCACAUCUUUGCUUAACGUAUUAGUGGCUCUGGCAGCACCACGUUCACUUUCCAGAAAGAAGUGGACGAAUAGGAAGAACCAUGCUGGGGUGAUGCGAUCCAAAGACCUCAUGAGGGAACAUCAAGUGGACUUGUAGCCUUGAAGUCUUCAUCGGGUCAAGUGCAGUCAUGGCGUCCAACGAGUCCAACUUGUCGUGCAUAUCGUCGCUGAAGGACGACGAAUGCCCGCCCUACGUCCAGCCGCACUACAAGGAGUCCUACCGUCUGGCAAUCUACGCUCUGCUGUGCGGCGGGAAAACCGCCUACGAGGACUUCCUGCAGGCGGAGCAGAUCAGCCACUUCCUGUCCGAGGAGGAGAUCCUCUUCAUCCUGGACAAUGCCGAGGUGCCCGUCGUGGAGGACGAUCCGGAGGGGCGGCGGCCGUUGGGAGGCGAGCCGAACCCGUCCACCUACUUCCCCGUGGAGUCCGACGAGGAGGUGCCGGACCUGGACCUGGGCUGGCCUGAGGUCAAGCUGGAUGACCUGGACACCAGCAUCAGCCUGCUGUUCCACCCGCCCAGACUCAACACCCCCACCAUCAAGGAGGUGGUCCGCAAGCAGAUCCAGGAGGCCAAGCAGAUUGUCGCCAUAGCGAUGGACGUCUUCACGGACGUGGACAUUUUCAAGGAGGUCAUCAGCGCCACGCUGCGGGGGGUGGCGGUCUACGUCCUCCUGGACGAGAGCCAGUACGGCAGCUUCCACGCCAUGUCGCAGAGAGUGGGCGUCAACAUCCAGGACCUGAAGAACAUCCGGGUCCGCACAGUGCGAGGUCAGCAGUAUCACUGUCAGUCCGGAUUGAAGUUCCACGGCAGUUUGGAGCAGAGAUUCAUUCUGGUGGACUGCAGAACUGUUUUGUACGGAACGUACAGCUACACGUGGUCCUUUGAGAAGAUCAACCUAAGCAUGGUACUGGUUGUCACAGGUCAGCUCGUUUGCUCGUAUGACGAGGAGUUUCGCCGACUCUACGCCCGCUCCACUGUUCCUGAGUUGUACAACGAGAGGUUGUCCGUGGCGUACCUGAGGAACGGCAUGACCCUGCGCAGUCCAAACUCCAGCCAGCUGUCCCUGAAUCACAUUCACAUGAGGUCCAGAGGCCUACGCGGGCUGAGGAGUGCUCAGGAGGAUUACUACGCAAAUGUUGCCGGAAUGGCUCGGGGCCUCAGCAUGCAAGACCGCCUGCAUCAGUCCCAUUUUGCAGACACGAGCCACAUGGUGAGGGGACACAGUUUUGGUGCGGACCUUCAGAGAAUAAAUCCAAAUACCCGUUUGAGAAUGCCUGUCGCUCCUGACAAGACUUUUAAUAUGCUCAGUCCCAACAAGAUGUCUCACCAGCUCUUUAGACACCAGAGUCGCUACGGUUCCGAUAAGAAUCUGAUUCCGUUCAACUCUGAGACGUCCCUCCACAGGUGGAAGAUGGACACAUACCUAAAUGGGAAUUUUGAUGCAUCAUGUGAUGCCCUGUCGCCUGUGACCUCGCCAUACAGCAGCCGCACAGGCCUAAACGACCCACAGCCCCACAUGAUUCCCAAUAGGUCCAGGGAAAUGAAGUCCAGGUUGGAAGAAAUUCGACAAAAGAGACUCAGUUUACAGGAAUACAACAAUCUCAGGCAGAGCCAAGAGUCUCUGAGGUGUAUGUACCAAAGUCUAGAUCGUGCCAAGUUCCAGGCUUGUUUAACACAGAACAUGGAGGAUGCAAACAGCCUGGAGUCCACCAAUCACAAAGACUCUGGGCCCAGCAAGGAGGAUGACAGCAACCGUUCUGCGUCAUACUUUGACAUCCAAACAGGUCCAGAAUUGAAGACCAUACCAUUGUACAACGGUUACGAGCCUCUUUCCAGGACUUCUCCAGCAGCUUAUCUGGAUGAAAAGCUCAAAGAGCAGUCCCUCAAGUACCCCAGUGGUCUCCAGCGUCCCAGAACAAUGGAGUCCUUGAUUGAAAUUCCUGAAGAAAAGGAAGGUUCAAGUAAUCUCAUCAGCAGUUUAGAUGACGUUAGGCCCAUAAACAGAAGAGAAGACAAAAAGCAUGUGAGCCACCCUCAAGAAAAGGUGGCCAUGGAAAACAUUGACUCCUCAGCCAGACAGUCUGCAUCUCCUGCUGCUCAAGAAAGAAAGAAGUCCCUUCCUGGCACGUCGGAAACCGUCCCAAAGACCUUAACUACCUCAGAAGUGAAAACUCAGACAGAAAAGGAUGCAACGCCUCAGAGGAAGAACUCCAUCAGGAUGAAAAGCUCUGAAGAAAAGAAAACCUCCAAAAAGGAGAAGUCGCUCCAAAGAAUGGCCUCCUUGAAAUCACAGAAUUCUUCUGGGUCUCGAGCGUCUACCACUGGAAAACCUUCCACUGCAGAUGACCAAACAAGUCAGAGCUUCACCAGCAGGUCGUCAGAGACCGAGAAGCCCAAGUCUUCCUUCAACUUUUCUAGACUAACCUCUCACCGUUCGAGCAAACAUAAAACAACUCAAGCAGCCCAGCAUGAGCAGGACUCGCGAAGCGAUCUGGAAGAGCAGGAAGCGACGGCCUUCGAGAGCCGCAAGGCGAAGGCGUACAGUCGCUACGAGUACUUGCUACGUUCUAACGUUCCUCUGGACAAAGCAAAGCACGACUCCGCUUAUCCAGCAUAUCACUCAACACAAGGUGGCGCUGAGAACAAACUGGGAAAGUUCAUGCAGAGAGUUGGGAAUCUCAUAGGCAAGAACAAGUAGAGGAUGCUGAUGCUAACCUUCAAUCUGAAGAUCUAAAGGUUUGCUCGGAUGUUGUUCAACAUGUAUAUUUUCUGCAGUUUAACCCUUUCUAUACUUCAUAUGUCCCCUUCUUAAUUGUACAGUACAAAGUAAACAUGAAGACUUCACUUGGGCACAGCAGUAAAUAUUAAUGUGAAUAAAUAACACAUUUUGCAUGUAGGGCCACUUCACCUUUAUUUUGAAUAUCAAAAAAGCCAUGAUAUAAAUUCAAAAUGAAAUCUGUUCAAACAUUAUUCAAGUCCCAUGCUUUGAUUUGACGUGGGAGAACUUUCU